GAGUCUCUCUGGGGAACAUGACACCAAAACUAAGAGCCCAUACCAGCAGGAGAGACCAGCCUCACCUGUACCCAGCUGUAUGUCCAUAAAGAGUGACUCGUCUAUGGCGCAGCCAAUCAGAUUCAGAAAAGGAGAUUGUACCACUGAUCCAAGCCCAUACCAGCAGGAGAGACCAGCCUCACCUGUACCCAGCUGUAUGUCCAUAAAGAGUGACUCGUCUAUGGCGCAGCCAAUCAGAUUCAGAAAAGGAGAUUGUACCACUGAUCCAGGCCCAUACCAGCAGGAGAGACCAGCCUCACCUGUACCCAGCUGUAUGUCCAUAAAGAGUGACUCGUCUAUGGCGCAGCCAAUCAGAUUCAGAAAAGGAGAUUGUACCACUGAUCCAGGCCCAUACCAGCAGGAGAGACCAGCCUCACCUGUACCCAGCUGUAUGUCCAUAAAGAGUGACUCGUCUAUGGCGCAGCCAAUCAGAUUCAGAAAAGGAGAUUGUACCACUGAUCCAAGCCCAUACCAGCAGGAGAGACCAGCCUCACCUGUACCCAGCUGUAUGUCCAUAAAGAGUGACUCGUCUAUGGCGCACCCAAUCAGAUUCAGAAAAGGAGAUUGUACCACUGAUCCAGGCCCAUACCAGCAGGAGAGACCAGCCUCACCUGUACCCAGCUGUAUGUCCAUAAAGAGUGACUCGUCUAUGGCGCAGCCAAUCAGAUUCAGAAAAGGAGAUUGUACCACUGAUCCAGGCCCAUACCAGCAGGAGAGACCAGCCUCACCUGUACCCAGCUGUAUGUCCAUAAAGAGUGACUCGUCUAUGGCGCACCCAAUCAGAUUCAGAAAAGGAGAUUGUACCACUGAUCCAGGCCCAUACCAGCAGGAGAGACCAGCCUCACCUGUACCCAGCUGUAUGUCCAUAAAGAGUGACUCGUCUAUGGCGCAGCCAAUCAGAUUCAGAAAAGGAGAUUGUACCACUGAUCCAGGCCCAUACCAGCAGGAGAGACCUGCCUCACCUGUACCCAGCUGUAUGUCCAUGAAGAGUGACUCGUCUAUGGUGCAGCCAAUCAGAUUCAGAAAAGGAGAUUGUACCACUGAUCCAGGCCCAUACCAGCAGGAGAGACCAGCCUCACCUGUACCCAGCUGUAUGUCCAUAAAGAGUAACUCGUCUAUGGCGCACCCAAUCAGAUUCAGAAAAGGAGAUUGUACCACUGAUCCAGGGAUCAAGGUGCUGAGGGAUCCAGUCUCUAUCACCUGUGGACACGGGUUCUGCAGACAGUGCAUCACCAGAUACUGGGAGAAACCUGCUCCUUCAGGAGACUAUGACUGUCCUCAGUGUAGAAAGAGAUCCAGAACACGGCCUGUACUACAGCAGCUGAGUCAACCCAAUAAAACAAGAGGCUCUGAAAACAGUAAGACCACUUGCACACUGGAUGACAGCCUGCAGAGAGCUAUAGUAAACCAUAAAGACAGUCUGAAAAGGAGGUAUGAAUGUGUGAUAGAAGGCAUGGAAAAAGCAGGGAACCAAACUCCCCUCAACAGGAUUUACACAGAGCUCUACAUCACAGAAGGAGAGAGUGAAGGGGUUAACAAUGAACAUGAGGUGUGGCAGCUAGAGACAGCAUCCAGGACGCCAAACUCACAUGACACAGCAAUCCACUGCAAUGACAUCUUUAAACCCUUACCAGGCCAAGAGAAAAGCAUCAGAACUGUGCUGACGAAGGGCAUCGCUGGCAUCGGAAAAACAGUCUCUGUGCAGAAGUUCAUCCUAGACUGGGCUGAAGAGAAGGCGAACCAAGAUGUGGAUAUCAUAUUUGUGCUUCCUUUCCGGGAGCUGAACUUGAUUAAAGAUCUCCAGUACAGUCUUCUCAGACUUUUAAAUGGCUUCCACACAGAACUAGACAUAGGCAAUGCAAAGAAACUCACUGCAUGUAAAGCUAUGUUCAUCUUUGAUGGUUUGGAUGAAAGCAGACUUCCAUUGGAUUUCCAGCACAAUGAAAAGGUGUCUGAUGUCACCCAGACAUCGUCUGUCGAUGUUCUGCUGACAAACCUCAUCAAGGGGAAUCUGCUUCCCUCUGCUCUCCUAUGGAUAACCUCCCGACCAGCAGCAACCAAUCAGAUCCCCCCUAAGUGUGUUGACCAGGUGACAGAGGUACGAGGGUUCAAUGACCCACAGAAGGAGGAGUAUUUCAGGAAGAGAUUCAGUGAUGAGGACCUGGCCAGCAGAAUCAUCUCACACAUAAAGACAUCAAGGAGCCUCCACAUCAUGUGCCACAUGCCAGUGUUCUGUUGGAUUUCUGCAAUAGUCCUUGAACACAUGUUGAGUACAGACAAGAGGAGAGAGAUGCCCACGACUCUGACUGAGAUGUCAAUACACUUCCUGCUCAUUCAGACCAGCCUGAAGAACCAGAAAUAUCAUGGAAGAGAUGAGAUGGAUCAAAAGGAGCUCAUGGAGUCAGAUAAGGAAAUUCUUCUGAAGCUGGGGAAGCUGGCGUUUGAAAAUCUGGAGAAGGGUAAUCUCAUGUUCUAUGAAGAAGACCUGAAAGAGUGUGGCAUUGAUGUCAAAGAAGCCUCAGUGUACUCAGGAGUGUGCACACGAAUCUUUAAAGAAGAGUCUGUGUUAUUUCAGAGAGUGGUGUACUGCUUUGUUCAUCUGAGCAUUCAGGAGUUUCUCUCAGCUGUCUACAUGUACCAUUGUUACACAACCAAGAACAUGGAUGCACUGAAGCCCUUCCUCAAGAGAAAGUCUAGAGCUGCAUCUGAAGAGCUAACCUUGCAUGAGCUGCUGAAGAGUGCCGUGGAUAAAGCCUUGGAGAGCAAGAACGGACACCUGGCUUUUGUCCGCUUCCUUCAUGGCAUGUCACUGGAGUCCAAUCAGAAACUCCUACGAGGUCUGGUGACACAGACAGAAAGCAGUCCAGACAGCGUCCAGAAAACAAUCCGAUCCCUUAAGGUGAUGCAGAGGAAGAACAUCUCCCCUGAGAGGUGCAUCAAUCUCUUCCACUGUCUGAUAGAGAUGAAAGACCAUUCAGUACAGGAGGAAAUCCAAGCGUACUUGAGGUCAGAGAAGAGAUCCAAAAACCUCACACUUUCUCAGUGUUCAGCACUGGCCUACAUGCUACAGAUAUCAGAGGAGGUUCUGGAUGUGUUUGACCUGAAGGUAUACAAGACAUCAGAGGAGGGUCGUAGGAGACUGCUCCCAGCUGUGAGAGGCUGCAGGAAAGCUCUACUCACUGGCUGUAAACUCACAGACACAUCCUGUGAAGUGUUGGCCUCAGUUCUCAGUUCAAACCCCUCACACCUGAGAGAGCUGGACCUGAGUAACACUGCCAUGAAGGAUUCAGGAGUGAAGCUGCUCUCUGCUGGACUGGGGAAUCCCCACUGUAAACUGGAGACUCUGAGGCUGUCAGGCUGUCUAGUCACAGAGGAAGGCUGUGCUUCUCUGGUCUCAGCUCUGAAGUCAAACCCCUCACACCUGAGAGAGCUGGACCUGAGCUACAAUCAACCAGGAGACUCAGGAGUCAGACUGCUCUCUGCUGGACUGGAGGAUCCACACUGCAGACUGGAGAAACUCAAUGUGGAACAUGCUGGAGAGAACACAAUGAAACCUGGACUUAGAAAAUAUGUCUGUGAUCUCACACUGGACCUUAACACAGUAAAAGAUUCCUCUCUGUCUGAGGAGAACAGAAAGGUGACAUGGAGGAGAGAGGUGCAGCCGUAUCCUGAUCACCCAGAGAGAUUUGAGGACUGGGACCAGGUGCUGUGUAGAGAGGGUCUGACUGGGCGCUGUUACUGGGAGGUAGAGUGGAGUGGGAUAGGGGUUAUUAUAGGAGUGGCAUAUAAAGGAAUCAGCAGGAGAGGAAGUGAUGAUGACUGUAGGAUUGGACACAAUGACAAGUCCUGGAGUCUGGACUGCUAUGGCAACAGUUACAGAGCCAUGCACAAUAAUAAGUUCACUACCAUAGACGUCCGCUCCUCCAGCUCCCACAGAGUAGGAGUGUAUCUGGACUGGCCAGCCGGCACUCUGUCCUUCUACAGAGUCUCCUCUGACACACUGACCCACCUGAACACAUUCCACUCCACAUUCACUGAGCCCCUCUAUCCAGGGUUUCAUUUUUAUGUUGACUCCUCAGUGUCCCUGUAA